AUGCCUGGUUUGAUCCAGAGCGGUAACUCAUCGCCCAACGUUCGCGACAUGGCGGCAGAAGGACCACCUCCGUCACCGGCCGAUAAGAAGAGGAACAAACUGGGGUACCAUCGUACUGCUGUCGCUUGCGUCCAUUGUCGACGGCGCAAGAUUCGUUGCAUAUCUGAUUAUAACGACCCUGUAGGCCGAUGCUCAAAUUGCAUUCGCCUUAAAAAGGAGUGCAUUUUCUUGCCAAUUGACCCGCAAAAUCCGCCGACCACGAAACGACAACGCUCAGCGGCAAAAGCGGGGGAUGGCAUAUUCAACGAGGGAGAGGCUUCAGUCGCAUCGUCCUCUCCAAGUGGCAUCCUAAGAAGCAACUCCAUGGAACAAAUGAACUAUGCCAGACAUCCUUUGGAUACUCCUCCUAUGUCCAAUGAGAGCCCCGGGCUCUCAGGGUUUCAUACAGGCACCAGAUCUGUGCCUGUCCAUAGCUUCGAUUUCGGGCAUGGUUACGAUCCUACUCAACAUCAGCGUUUACAGCAGCAGGGCUACAUUCCGUCUCCGUACUCACCGAGGACCUUUGACGGGGAUUCGGUAAAUCCUCAAUUCUAUCAGCAUGCGCAGCAGCACCCAUAUGGACACUCAGCACCCACGCCAUAUUCAUCUGCAUUUGCACCUGGUUCCUUACCUUCCACAAUGACAACGAUCUCCCAAGAACAGGCAUAUCCGUACCAGACUUCGGUUCCAAACGGGGCUUACAAUUGGGCAAAUCCUCCCUCGAGGUCGAUGUCGUCUGACCACACUGACGAACUGUCAUCUGGCUUCCCCACCCCCUAUCGAACAAACACGUACCCGUCUUUCGAAAGACCGAUGACAGGCCAGAUGCAGCAACUACCCCCGACUAGUUCGAGCCUGUUGCCAAUGGGUAUAGAAAGUCAGCACACUUCAACGCAUCCAAGUUUUCCAGAACAACCCUCAUAUCAAACCGUGCAGGGCAAUUUGCAGCAGGGAUGGACGGCGGGAAAUCCUGGAGCAUUGCAGCAAUCACCUGCAUCUGUCGACCGCUCAUAUUCUCACGGCUGGUAUCAGCCUCAUCCGGGGAUAACAAACAUGCAACAAGAGGAGGGACAGCCUCAUAUACUGCCUUCGCAGAUUCGCAAUUCACGAUCCAGUCAGCACAAGCCCGGCUGA